AUGAUUGUCAUUGCGCUUACUGUUGAUAGUGCGUAUUCUUUCUCUUACGUCUAUGGCAAGUGCAAGUCGACCAAGUUCCGAGCCGGUCUCUAUGGACCGAUGACGAGAACUCGUAGUGCGUGUCGUGCCGAGUGGUCGAAGACCAUCCGAAUGCUUCGACUUCUUCGCCUCGUGCGCAUCGUGCGGGCCAUUAAGCUGCGUCGAGGCUUCGUGGCCGUGCAGGACCUCCUGCACUCACAGGCCUCCAGCCUCUACCUCAGCUUCUAUGUCAGCCUGGGACAGUUGCUUGUCCUCAACCACUGGAUGGCCUGUGCGUGGUUCGGGGUCAGCUGGUUGAACGCAGACAACUGGGUCGUGGCCAGUGGACUCCAGGACAAGAACGCCCAGCACCAGUACCUGGCCUGCAUCCUCUGGUCCUUCUGUCAGCUGGGAGUGGGCGAGAGCCCUCUGCAGCCGACGAACGAGGUUGAGAUGCUCCUGAACGUCUGCAUUACGUUCAGGUCCCUUAUCACCUCGGCCACCCUCAUCAGCACCAUGAGCAGCUUGAUCGCGGGCUUGCGGAAGAUAGAGCAGGACGAGACCACCGAGUUUCGGCUUCUGCGGCGCUACCUGAAGCACAACGAGAUCCGCAGUGAUGUGGGCCAGAAGGUCACGCAAUUCUUGCAGCAUCAAUAUGCCUUGAAGCAGCAGGCCAGGUCCUUUCACGUCCGUGUGCCGCUGCUGGAAUUGCUCUCACGUCCGCUGUUCCACGAGCUCCAGUUCGAAAGGUACCGCAUGUCCCUUUGCAAGCUGCGCCUCAUCCGUGAUCUCCUGGAUGAGCCAGGCAUGCAAACGCUGCACACUCUCUAUGAGCUCGCAAGCACAAGCCUGCAUCACAUGGUUGCCGCAUCGGGCGAUGUGAUCUUCCUCAGUGGCAAGGCCGCAGUGUCGGCCUACCUGAAGCUGAGCGGGUCUCUGUGCUACUACCACGACGAGGGCGAGGAUAUCUUAGACGACAGCCGCUGGGUGGCUGAGAUGUGCCUCUGGGCACCAUGGGUGUAUAUGGGUGACCUGGAGUCAAUGAACAUGUCCGAGCUCCUCGCCCUGGACGCCGACGCCUUCUGCGCCACAUUGUCGCAGAAUUGGGACACGCAGCAGGCCGCCAGCAUGUAUGCCAAGCGCUUCCUGGCCGCCAUGCAUAAGCAGAAGAUGCUGACGGACAUUUUUGUGGACUACGACCAUGACUUGGACUCCGAAGAGAGCGAGGUGGAGCAACCCCUGGUGGACUUGUCCCUGCUGCCUUUCCUACCAGCGUCCUGGAAACGGUUUUGUCUCCAGUUUUUGAGGAGAAAGCGUCCCAGCACCAGGCAGAUCGCUCCCGAAGGGAGAGCCGUGAAGGGUAGAGCUCGGCCCUAA